AUGAUCAGAAGAAUGAAGAAAAGCACGUACAAGAAUCUGAGAAACCAAGAAAGGGAUACUGAAGCGCUUAAGAAUGGUAUGAAAAACGUGGCUGAUGAAGAAAAUCGCAAACAUAAGGAGCUCCAGCCUCGGCAAUGGAGCCUCCAAUUGCAAUCAUCGGUACUCCAGUAUUUUCAUGGCCUAUUAACAUCUCAGAAAAAUGAGGACUCCUCAUAG